AUGGCUGUUCUCCUGGAGACCACACUGGGCGACGUGGUUAUCGACUUGUACACCGAGGAGCGGCCGCGCACAUGCUUGAAUUUUCUGAAGUUGUGCAAAAAAAAAUAUUACAAUUAUUGCCUUAUUCACAAUGUACAGAGGGAUUUUAUCAUACAAACAGGAGAUCCUACAGGGACUGGCCGAGGAGGAGAGUCUAUAUUUGGACAACUGUAUGGUGAUCAAGCAAGCUUUUUUGAGGCAGAAAAAGUGCCAUGGAUUAAGCACAAGAAAGGCACUGUGUCCAUGGUGAACAAUGGCAGUGAUCAACAUGGAUCUCAGUUUCUUAUUAUUACAGGAGAAAAUCUAGAUUACCUUGAUGGUGUUCAUACAGUGUUUGGUGAGGUGACAGAAGGCAUGGACAUAGUUAAGAAAAUCAAUGAGACCUUUGUCGACAAGGAUUUUGUACCAUAUCAAGAUAUCAGGAUAAAUCAUACAGUGAUUUUAGAUGAUCCGUUUGAUGACCCUCCUGAUUUAUUAAUUCCUGAUCGAUCACCAGAACCUACAAGGGAACAAUUAGAUAGUGGUCGAAUAGGAGCAGAUGAAGAAAUUGAUGACUUCAAAGGAAGAUCAGCUGAAGAAGUAGAAGAAAUAAAGGCAGAAAAAGAGGCUAAAACUCAAGCUAUUCUUCUAGAGAUGGUGGGAGACUUACCUGAUGCAGACAUGAAACCUCCAGAAAAUGUUUUGUUUGUGUGUAAAUUGAAUCCAGUGACCACAGAUGAGGACCUGGAGGUAAUAUUCUCGAGAUUUGGGCCAAUAAGUUGUUGUGAAGUUAUCCGAGAUUGGAAAACAGGAGAGUCCCUCUGUUAUGCUUUUAUUGAAUUUGAAAAGGAAGAAGACUGUGAGAAAGCAUUCUUCAAAAUGGACAAUGUACUUAUAGACGACAGGAGAAUAUAUGUGGAUUUUAGCCAGUCUGUGGCGAAGGUUAAAUAG